AUGAAUUUCGAGGUUGAGUCCACCAACUACCAAUCCAACAACUAUUCUGACGACUCAGUGAAGCAACAACUAUCUGAUACUUAGAAGGAAUCUGAACUUAAGACCUUUGAGGAAGAACUUGAGGAACCAACAAUCAACAAUGAGAAUUUGAACCAGGACUCUAAUGAAGCUGCAGACUCAGAAACUGAAAACAAGGAGAGCAACAUUGAAGCACCUCAAAAGGAAGAAGGGUCAGACAGUACCAAGACUCACAGCAAGGGGGAUAAGGACGAGGAGCCAGUCAAGAGAGAUGACAGAAACCUUAUCAAGAUCUAUGAAGAUUCUAGUAUGAGAAAGCAACUCUCCUAUGCUAUUUAUCAACUCAGGGAAAGACAGACCAUCACGCUGCAGGCUUUUGGAGAAAACAUCUCUAGAGCUGUCAAGAUGGCUGAGAUUCUUAAGAUGAGGCUAGGAAUGCUACAUCAAGAGAACAUGCUUCUGGUCAAAUUCUAGCAGAGAUCUCAACCUAGAGAAGACAUGUCAGGAAUAUUGAUCAAGCUUUCUAAGUUGUCUUUGGAUCCUAAGCAUUUAGGUUAUCAGAAACCAAUGCCCAGAGAGGAUCUCUUCAAUGAGAGAAGAGGCAAUGAGAAUGAGUUUAGAGGAUCACAAAGGAAUAGACUAAGACUCAAUCAGAAUUUUCCUAGAAAAGCCAGAAGUCCAGAGAACUCCUCAAACCCAAGACCAUUCAAUGCACCACCUGGGGGAUAGAUGAGAGGACAGCCUAGAUUCCAUGAUGACUUCAACAAUGAUUUCAGAAGAAAUGGCAAUGGUAGAGGCCCUAAUAGAAUUAUUCCUAAUGCUAGAUUUGAUCACCAGCCUAAUGAAUUUUCAGGAUCGAUGCUAGCUUCACAGCACUUGAGAAGACCAAACCAGAUCAACAAUUAAUAACCUCCUGAUCUUAAUGAGUUUAGAGGGAAUCAUGAGAAAUUUCAAGGUAGAGACUUUGGCCAUGGAAUGAGAAAGAUGAACUUUCCUCCGAGACAUGAUCACAGACAUCCAGCUGAUUCAUUCAGAAGAAUGAAUGGACCUGGCAUGAUUCCUGGAGGACCUAUGAGAACUGGAGAGUAUAAUGGAAGAGGUAUGAGAAGAGGAGGACCGGGUGGCCUCAUUAGGGAGCCUAUUUCCCUCAGAGACUGA